AUAUAUUAAAAUAGUUCCGGUAUAUAUAUGAAUCUUAAUAAGUGGGUCAGAUUUAAUACAAUGGCACGUUAUGAGUUUUGCGUCCUGUCAACUUCAAAAGCUGAUACUUGUCAAAGUAGACGAAUAAAAAAUUGAUUAAUCAACAAAACAAUUGCAAGCGCACAAGCGUACUUAGAUAUUUGUGCUUAAAAAUAUGCUUAUUUCUUCAAUAUUAUAUAAAAACAAGACGUACACGACGUAAUACAAUAUUAUAGUAGCUAACAAUAUGCUAAAGAAAAAUAAGUCUUCCCAACACAAAAAUCCUAAUAUUAAAACAGUGUCAAGUGAAACAGAAUGUUACCCUCCAUCUCCCAAAAAACCCAAAGAAGAAGUUCCAGAUCAGGUAGACAGAUCACCACAAAACAUAGAUCUAAGCUUUUUAGAUGAAAUAGAUAUAGAUGAAAUAGUAAAUAAUUUAAAUGAUUGUGAUGAAAAUGUUCAAAUUAUGAAUAUAGAAGAUGAGAACAUCAAGGGAAGGUUUGAAUGUGAUGUCCAUAAAAGAGAUUUAACAGAAACAUCAGAAAAUACAAUUGAGGACACACAUACAACUAUUGAAUCCUACAGCAGUAAUAACAAUGACUUCGUGGAGAAAGAACAUCAAGCUAUGAGAAUAGAUAUGAAUAGAAAUGAAGUUACAUCUUCAGCAAAUAAAAUAUCUACACCAAAAGUUAUUAAUAAAAGUUUAAAUGAUACUUAUAUGAUAUAUAAUUCAAAAAAAUUAUCAUCUAAAGAUCAAACCGACUACUCGGUAGAUUCAAAUAUACCAUCACCAAACUCAGUGAAUGGAGAUAAUAGUGCGAAGAUUAAAAUAGUACAGGAUAAUAAAUAUAAUAAGACAGAGACUGCUGAUAGUCAUGAUCUGUAUAACAAACAGAACAAAACUAUAAGCACAGAGCAACAAAGAAAGUUAUCUGCGAAAACUGUAUCCAAAGAUAAAGACAUCAAUGAAGUUGCACUUGUCAAAAGUAAGAAAGAUAUGAAACCCAUUGCGUCUAGCAAAGACACAGUGGUGGCAAACAGUGGCAAAAGUAAUGAUCAGAAUGUUACAAUGAUAUUAGAAAAAAGAUUCCAUCAAUGCAUAAGAAAAGAAUGUUCUGGAAUUUCUCACAUACAUUCUGGAAGGUUUUCGGAUAUAUUACAGUGUGUAGAUACAGACAGCAAAUAUUAUGCAGUGAAAUUAAAACAUAAAUGUAUAGGAAUAAGGCAACAACAACAGAUUAUUAAAAGAAUCCAAAUCAAUACACCCAAAGAUGAUUUAUUAUUUGUUAAUAUUAUAGCCGAUUUUUUCAUAAGGAACAAGUGGUGUCUCAUAAUGGACUUUUAUCCAAAAAACUUGAAAGAAUUGAUAAAGGAAUCGAAAAAAAAUCUUCACAUAGACAAAAUACAGGAACUUGCACAUCAGCUGCUUACUGCUUUGAUAGUAUUGGAAAAUAAAAACAUUGUUCACUCUGAUAUACAGCCAAGCCAUAUAUUGCUCGAUUCUACUAUCAGUAGGCUGAAACUAUGUGGUUUUGAUGAAGCAUACUGUAUAGAAAUUGGUGCUACCUGGCCUUUCCAAGGACCAAAGUGUUAUCGAGCUCCAGAGAUAUUAUUGGGACAUUCAGCAGGUUUCAGUGUCGACGUAUGGUCUACAGCUCUGGUUCUGCAUGAAAUGGCAACCGGCAUACAACUGUUUGGAGGAUGUAUCGACGAUCACGUCUUGUACAAGCAAAUGUGCAUUUUAGGGGAUUUACCCUAUAAUAUCAUAAAUAAUUCACGGUACAGGGAAUUGUACAAAUUUGGUCAUUGCGUACAAAAAUACAAAUGUGGAACACAUAAACAACAACAUGGCUCGAAGACGAAAAAUAUAAUAGCGAGCACAAUACACGGUGCGUACUUCAAGCACUGGAUUCAGGACAGGGAUGAAAACCAGAAGAGAAAUGAUCUCAAGAAAAUUGGUCAAUUCAUUAGCAUGUUGAACCUGAUGCUUACAACCAACCCGGAACAUAGGCCUCCCGUAGAAUUUGUUUACUGUAAUCCGUUUUAUAAUAAUUUUUUUAGUCGAUGAUAUUCUUCUUGUUUCUUAUAUUUGAUAACGUAAUUAUGUUAAAAGUUUGUUUUUCCUACCUAGAGUAGAAUUUUUUUUUAUUAUGUUAAAACGACUAUGAUUAUGUUACGAUGACUAAACAGUAAAUAAAUAUAAAAAUCUU